AUGCAAGACGGCAAGGAGGUGACGUUGUUGGCGGAGCAAGAGCAAGGGCAAGGGCAAGGGCAAGGGCAAGAGCAAGGGCAAGAGCGAGCGUCCCCUACCUGCGCAUCCGCAACGACGCCUACGCCUACGCCGCAGUCGAGCUGCUGCUGGAGCGAGCAAGAGGAGCGCAGACUGAAAUGGAAGAUUGACGCGCAGGUGUUGCCCUUGACCCUGCUGCUCUACACGCUCAGCUUUUUGGAUCGCACAAACAUCGGUCAGGCCAGGCUGAUCGGAUUGCAGGAACAGCUGUCUCUCAGCUUUCACGAUUAUCAAGUCGCCCUCACCGUCUUGUAUGCGCCGUACAUUGCUUUCGAGUGGGUGGCAUGGUGCGCCGCGGUGCAUCUGAUCCCGUCUCGUCGCGGCUUACCCAUCCCCCUCUCCUCUCUGCGCCAAGCACAGAAUCCCUUCCAAUCUGCUCAUCAAAAAGAUUGGCCCAGCCAGAUUGAUCCCCUUUCUCGUCACGGCUUGGGGCAUCGUCUCUACGCUGCAAGGCAUCGUCACCACCCGCACCGGCCUCUUCAUCAAUCGAGCAUUCCUGGGCUUUGCAGAGACAGGUGGGUCGAGCGCGAGGGCGCGAGUGCGACUUUUUUUGGAUGACGCUCAACGUGCCGCUUCCUCGACGACGUGACUGCGUGACCCGAGGCAGGAAUCCUUCCCGGCUUGGCCCUGUACCUCACCUUUUUCUACAAGGCUUCGGAAAUUCAGCUGCGACAAGCCAUCUACUUUAGCGGAGCAUCCUUGGCAGGCGCAUUCAAUGGCGUGCUCAGCACAGCCAUCAACCUCCUCAGCGGCAGAGCUGGACUCUUGGGAUGGUCUUGGCUAUUCAUCCUCGAAGGCAUCUUUACCGUCCUCGUCGGCAUAGCCUGCUUUUCCAUCCUCCCCAACGAUGCUUCCAAGCUGUGGUGGUGCAGCGAGCGCGAAAAGCAGAUUGCAGAGGAGCGAGUAGAGCAAAGCAGGUUCACCAUGCGAGUCAUCAAGGACGUGCAGAAGAGCAACGAGACGCUGGAUAUGCCACGAGCAGCAGCGGCCACCCGCACGGGUGAGCCAUUUUCGUGGAGCGAAGUCGGAAGAGCUUUCACAGAUCCAUUGGUGCUGCUGGUCUGGGUGGCAGGGCUGUGCGACGCAUCGGGAGUGUACGGUCUCGCCUUUUUCGCUCCGACCAUCAUCAAAGGUCUGCCAUUGGGUCUGACCACCGUUCAAGCCCAGCUGCUUUCCUCGCCACCCUUUGCCGCGGCGUUCCUUACCAGCAUCAUCCUAGCCCUCGUCUCUGACCGCCUGCGAUGGAGGUACCUCACCGGCUUGAUCGGUUUCUUGCUCGCCAUCGGAGGCUUGGCCAUGGCUUACGCCAGCACAAAUGCCAAAGUGCAGUACGGCGGUCUCAUAGUCAUGUCGAUGGGUCUGUAUACCCUGCCCAGCUCCCUCAUCACGUGGGUCCUCAGCUCUACGGGAGGCUACUACAAGAGAGCAACGGCUAUCGCUCUACUCAUCGUCGGCACAAACAGCGGUGGAAUCAUCGGCACCUGGCUUUUCGAUCCCACCGAAGCGCCACGAUUUCGACGAGGCUUCAUCACGCUGCUGGUCCUGCAGUGCGUGGGCCUGCUCUCCAUCUCCAUCUUGGAGGCCUAUCUGCUCUGGGAGAGAAGGAGUGGCAAGGAACGACAUGCAGACUGGAUCUCUGAAUUAAAGGCCCAGGGCUGCUCCGAAGAGAGCAUCAGGCAGCUUCUGGGAGAUCGACAUCCCGACUUUGUCAGAGAGCUGUAG